AAAGCAUUUCGGGAGUUUACUUUCGAAAGUUAGAGCAAAAGAAGCACAACUUCUCAUGUGCUCCACCGAAUUUACAGGCUUACAGCGACCAUAAUUCAAUGCCCUUCUCUUUUUAGCCCUGGUUGCCACGCAAAUUAGGUGCAAUGUCGUGGGCAAAUCAGUCAUUUCAACACCCUCCUCCCUCCCGGUCCCGGGUAGCCACUCGUUUCUGCGUUAGCGCGGUAGUUUUAUUCAAAGGCCAGCAAUGAUUUGUCGCAGCAGCUCCGAAAGCAACAGUCAAUUAUCACAGAAGUCGACGCCAUAACCACUCACACAUUUUUCUUCACAAAAUAUUAUAGAAAAAUUGUUCGCUUUGGAGCUUCAAGCUUUCAACAAUGGCGGUCUUAGGUUGCAGGAGAUGACGAUUGUCCGUGUAUAACUAGGUUGGCCAUUGUGUUCUUUGGAAACCCAGCAGCACAUUUGAUUUAUUGAGCAUUUGGGAACAUAAAGCAUUUUGUUGAAUUGAAAGGAACGUUGUUGGGAGCUGAAUAGAAGGGUCAAUGAUUCAUGGUUUUUAGAGAAAUGUGUUGGAUACUUGGUAUUUAGUUUUGUUAUCAAUCUUGCUUGGAGGUGGAUUUUGGAAGAAAAUAGGGUAAGAGUGAAAGAUGGUGGCCGUUGAUGGCGAGGAGCCAAUGCAAGAGCCAGCUGGCCACGGGGAGAGAAUAUUGGUUUCAGUCCGGCUGCGGCCUCUGGUUGAGAAGGAGACUGCUAGAAAUGAUGUGUCGGAUUGGGAAUGCAUUAAUGACACAACUAUCAUAUACAGGAACAAUCUUUCAGUUUCCGAACGCUCCAUGUACCCAACUGCCUACACAUUUGACAGAGUAUUUGGGACUGACUGCUCCACAAGGCGGGUGUAUGAAGAGGGAGCCAAGAGAGUUGCUCUUUCAGUUGUCAGCGGUAUAAACUCAAGUAUCUUUGCAUAUGGACAAACAAGCAGUGGAAAGACGUAUACCAUGAGUGCAAUUACGGACUACACUGUUGCGGAUAUAUAUGACUACAUAGAGAAGCACACGGAGAGAGAAUUCAAUUUGAAGUUCUCUGCCCUGGAGAUCUACAACGAAUCUGUUAGGGACCUCCUUAGUGCAGAUACCACUCCGCUUAGACUUCUAGAUGAUCCAGAGAGAGGUACAAUUGUUGAGAAACUCACCGAGGAAACUCUAACGGACUGGAACCAUUUCAAAGAACUUCUAUCUGUCUGUGAAGCUCAAAGACAGAUAGGGGAAACAGCCCUAAAUGAAGCAAGCUCCAGAUCUCAUCAGAUUCUCAGAUUGGUCAUUGAAAGUUCAGCGCGUGAGUUUCUUGGCUAUGACAAAUCAAGCUCCCUUACUGCUGUUGUGAACUUUGUUGAUCUUGCUGGAAGUGAACGUGCGUCCCAGACGUUAUCAGCUGGAGCAAGGUUGAAAGAGGGUUGCCACAUAAAUCGCAGUUUACUAACUCUAGGCACUGUUAUCCGUAAGCUCAGCAAGGGAAGAAGUGGGCAUGUUCCUUACAGAGAUUCAAAGCUAACCCGCAUACUGCAGUCCUCGUUGGGAGGAAAUGCUAGAACUGCCAUCAUCUGUACCAUGAGUCCUGCACAUAGCCAUGUUGAGCAAUCAAGAAAUACCCUCUUAUUUGCGAGCUGUGCUAAAGAAGUGACAACAAGCGCACAAGUUAACGUGGUCAUGUCGGAUAAAGCAUUGGUGAAGCAUUUGCAAAAAGAAUUGACUAGACUAGAGAAUGAGUUGAGAGGUUCAGGACACAAAAUUGUUUCAGCUGAUUCUUCAACAUUACUGAGAGAAAAGGACCUUCAAAUUGAAAAGCUCAAAAAAGAGGUAUCGGAGCUAACUCAGCAACGAGACCUUGCUCAAUCUCAGGUUAAGGAUCUGGUGCGAGUGCUUGGAGAUGAUAAACCAUCAGAAGAGGAUCUGGAACGUUAUUACCCCAAAUUGCGUGGGCAAGUUUCAUGGGACUUUGAAAUGAAAAUGGCAGGUGCGCCUGUUCGGGCCGUCUCUCGUGGCCGAGCCAACAGUGUGAGAUCUUUUGGCACCUCUCAGUAUUCUGAUGGAGACAGUAGGACUAGUUCAGAGGAGACUCUGUUCCAACUUCCUGACUUGGAAGAGAAUUUCAUGCACACUGAUUCCUCCCGGCAGUUAUCCGAUGGCAUUCCUAAUUUUGUUGACGGUAAUCUGCAUCAAGAGGAAAGCAAAGAACAGUUUGAUGGAAAUUCAGAGGAUUUCUGCAAGGAAGUUCGCUGCAUUGAAAUGGAAGAGUCUGGCACAAACAGAUAUAUAGUGUCAAAUAUAUCAGAUUCAAGUGCUAGUAGAUACCAAAACUCAAAUAUGUCGUCUCCUUUCGCAAACACAGCUACCUCAGGACUGACCACAGUCGAAAAUGGAGAUGGCACAAAUCAGGAAUUGGAGUCACCCCUACCUAAACAAAAAGGUUUUGUAGUUCCUUCUUCUGAAAGGACACCUCAAUGGCUGCCCGAGAAAGAAAUGUUUUGCCCCUCUGUUGUGAUGUUGAGGAGGAGUAGAAGCUGCAAAGCAAGGCUUAUGAAUAAUUCGUCUCCAUGGUGGCUUGAGUUGGUAGAGAAGAAUGAGAGAGCACACCUGCCCGAGGGUUUCCAAAAGAAACUUCCUUCUCUGAACUAUGGUGCUGAGACUGAAAGGCUAUCAAGAAAUGCUUCUCAGGCUUCUGCAAGAAGUGCUGCUAUUGAUGAGCGUAAAGCACAGGAUACAAAAUGCACAACUGAUGACAAGGUAACUGAAAGCAGUACUUUAGUUGAAGGAGCAGAGGAAACGACCGAUACACAAUGCAAUACUCAACUUGCUGAUUCUGUGGUACCGGAGACGGAUUCAAUGCCCAUACCGUCUCCAAAGGAUGUAAAAGAUGUUGGCUUGGACCCAAUGCCCAUUGAUGACGAAAGCCCUUCAAGGUGGCCUUCAGAAUUCAACAAGCUGCAAAGAGAGAUCAUUGAACUUUGGGAUGCCUGCAAUGUGUCAUUGGUUCACAGGACUUACUUCUUCCUCCUAUUUAAAGGUGACCCAAGUGAUUCGAUUUACAUGGAGGUUGAGGUCAGGAGAUUGUCCUUCCUCAAAGACACAUUUUCGCGUGGAAAUCAGACUCUGGAAGAUGGCCAAACUCUAACACCCGCUUCAAGCAUGAAGGCUUUGACUAGUGAGAGACACAUGCUGAGCAAGCAAAUGCGAAGGCGACUGUCUGAGGAUGAAAGAAAUAACCUCUACCUAAAGUGGGGUAUCAGUCUACACUCGAAGCAUAGGCGGUUGCAAUUGGCAAACCUCCUGUGGAGUAACACACAAAACCUGGACCAUAUCAUGGACAGUGCCACAAUUGUUGCAAAGUUGGUAGGUUCAGUAGAGCCCGAGCAAGCAUUCAAGGAGAUGUUUGGUCUCAGGUUUGCACCGCGAGACACUCUCACCAAGCGGAAAUCUCACUUUUGGUCAGAAAGUUUCAGGUCUCUUGUGUAAGCUUUUGCAAGAUUGAUCACCCAGUACAGAAAUUUCAUCGAGUCCAAUUCCAUUCGCGUAUAGAUUAUGAUUCCGUGUCAAAUAUCCCAUUUGAUAUUCUCUCUUCAGAUUGUAUACUUUUAUUUUUUGGAUCUGCUUUCUGAUUGUAAUAUUUUUGUUUUUGAGUUAAAAAGUUGUGAUUGUAAAUUUGGUCAGGCUAGAAAUGGUGCGUAAGGCUUCCCUAGUUUCUUGUAAAGUAAAGCUCCUUACCGACGCUCAAAAGAAAAGAACACCAAGCUACAAUUUUUACCAUUCUCAGUCACUACUAAUUCUUAAUUCUGCCCA